CAGCACGCAAGGUAAACUUACUCUAAGCAAACCAAUAGGGUGUCGUUUGCUCAAGCAGAGAAGGUGAUCAUGGCUAGUGACAGCAGCAGCUGGGUCGUGGAGAUGGAGGAAAUGCUCUUGAACACCGACCCAUCGCUGGAGAUGGCGCGGUGGAAGCAGCACUCCAUCUAUCGAGUGCCAGAGCGGAUCAAGCGCACGACCAACAGGGAGGUCUACGAGCCGCAGGUGGUGUCACUGGGCCCCUUUCACCAUGGUGAGCAUCACCUGCUGCCUAUGGAAGAGCACAAGCGCCGGGCAAUGCUGCAACUUGUUAAGCGUGCGGGGAAGCCCCUCGGUGAGUUUGUUGCUUCUAUUGAGGAGGUGGUUGACAAGCUCCAGGACGCCUACGAAGGCCUAGAUGAAAAAUGGCGCGGAGCAAACAGCGGUCGCUUUGUGGAGAUGAUGGUCGUCGACGGGUGCUUCUUGUUGGAGAUCAUUCUUCAAUUCGGAGAUUACGGGCCCAAUGACCCCGUCUUCAGCAACCUUUAUCUAUUGGUAGACAUCCGCAACGACGUUGUGGUGAUGGAAAACCAGUUGCCUCUACUCGCUGUACAGAGGCUAGUACAAGCUAUAUGCCUUGGUACAUCUCCGAGCGCUAAAGAAGUCAACAAUAUGGUGCUGCGUUAUCUGGAACGCCCGCUCAUGGACGACAUGGACAACCUGGGUCUCCACCCCCUAGACGUUCUUCACAAAAGCUACUGUGGCCCGGCCAGUAUGGGCCGCCAAGGGUCGGAGGUGGAGGAUACCAUGCCGUCGGCUGUAGAGCUCAGCCAGGCAGGGGUACAAUUCAAGAAAAGCAACACUGAAGAUAUUGGUGGCGUCGACUUCGAGAGCGGUGUUCUGAGCAUGCCAGUGGUUCGAGUCGAUGAUGGAACCGAGAAAGAUUUUCUCAACUUGAUGGCGUUCGAGCGGCUAGUUGGUGAUGUCGGGGAUGACGUGACGUCCUAUGUAAUCUUCAUAGACAUCAUCAUCAACUCAGAAAGUGAUGUCGCCUUGCUGAAAUCUAAAGGAGUCAUCGUUGACAUGCUGGGCAGUGACAAGGCGUUGGCGAACCUGUUCAACACCCUGAACAAGGGAGCAUUGUUGUCCCCGAACAGCUGGCUGAACGACGUGCAACGGAAGGUGAAUGCCCACUGCAAGAAACGCCGGAACAAGUGGUGCGCCAUCUUCGAACACAAGUACCUGAGCAAUCCCUGGGUGUUCAUCUCUCUAAUUGGGGCCAUUAUCCUGCUCGUCGCCACCGUCAUGCAGACCAUCUACACAGUCGUGCCCUUCUACACCAAGAGCUAGCAAACCGCUACCUGAUCGCAGGACCUUUCGAGAUAUAUGGGUCUGUAGCGGUUAUUUUCUAUAUAUGGUUACCUUUCAUGUCGUCAAGCUUGGGAUUUGGUCUACGCACCAGCCUGUUGUUUUAAUAAACAUAUUACUUCUGCAAA